CGGGUGGCCUGGCACUGCCGGGGACCCCCCCCAGCCCAGGGAUUCGGCACCCCACGGCUGCCCCACGCGUGGGGAGCGGCCGGGAGCGAUGCCGGUGCCGGCGCUGCGGGAAGGGAUGCCGGUGUUGGGGGAGGCGAUGCCGAAGGGAUGCCGGUGCCGGCAUCGAUGCUGGUGCCGUGGGAAAUGACGCCGGUGCCGGGAGCGAUGCCGGUGACGUGGGAAAUGAUGUCGGUACCGGCAUCGAUGCCGGUGCCAUGGGAAAUGACGCCGGUGCCGGGAGCGAUGCCGGUGCCGCGGUAAGGGAUGUCGGUGCCAAGGGGAGCGAUGCCGGUGCCGGGGGAUGCGAUGCCGGGGGAAGCGAUGCCGCCGCUGCGGGCGAUCGGUGCCGACGCCGUGGCCAACGAUGCCGUGGCCAACGAUGACACAGGAUGUGAUGCCACGGGGCGCCGCAGCCCCCCGGGACGUGGCGGGGUCCCCCCGUACCCCCCGCAUGGCCCCCACACCCUGAGCCCCGGCGCCGGGCGGGCACAUGAGGAAGAGCCGGAGUGAGCUGGCCGGGCCCGAGGAGCAGCCCCCCGCGGAGACACCGGACCCCGGGUGCUGCAGCUGCUCCCCACCCUCCCUGGGGAUGUUGGGUGCCGAACUGCACCGCGGGCGCCGCCGCCUCUCUGCCAGCCUCCAGGUGCCCCCCUGGAAGCCCCCGGAGCGGCCGCGCUCACCGGAGCCCGCCGGCCUCCCGCGCCCAACCACGCUGCCCCUCCGCAUCCCGCCGCGCAUCGCCAUCACCCACCCCGAGCCCCCCAGGUGACACCGACGCCGGCCCUGCCGUGACACCAGCCCCUUCACCAACACAGCGCUGCAAAGCGCGGUUGGACCCUGCGUCCUCGCUCCGCUGGCUGCCACCACGUCCCCACCGCAGGCUCCGGGGGGGGACGAACGACCCCCCUAAAAGGCCACCCAGCCCCCCCCUUCUAAUUCCACCCACCCUUUAAUUACGGUUG